ACGGCGGUUCUCCCCACCCCGAAAAACCCAGAGAGAGAAAGCAGAGUGAGCUAUAUACAUCAUAUACCCUCCAUAGUCCAUUGUAUGUAUAUAUAUACCUCUCUCUGUAUACCAUAUAAACACACACACACACACUGGGUGUUUGACUGUGUGUGUUUGACUAAUUUUUUCCGUUCUUCUUCAUCAACAUCUCGCCGGAGAUGAUUUACUAACGAUUCAAGAAAACCAAUCUUUAAAGGCAUUACCGGAGAUGGUUGAUUUUCGGUUUUGCCAUCGAUCGUUGAUUGAUUCGGUUGUGGUUGUUCUACUGUUCAAUCUGUUUCUAUCUUUCCCAUUCACCUGCCUCGGGAUUCGUUCGUUUCCGACGAACGGCGAAAUCAUCUCCGAUGAUUUGUACGGGUACAUGGAGGCGCCGGAGUAUCGCAACGGUGAAGAUUGCCGUCCCUACACCAUUCACGUCGCUAUGACACUCGACUCCGAGUAUCUCCGUGGAUCAAUCGCCGCCGUACACUCCGUCCUCCGCCACGCUUCCUGCCCGGAAAACGUGUUUUUCCAUUUCAUCGCCGCCGAGUUCGAUCCGGCGAGUCCACGUGUCUUAACCCGACUGGUUAGAAACACGUUCCCGUCACUCAACUUUAAGGUUUACAUUUUCCGGGAAGACUCCGUCAUAAAUCUGAUUUCGUCGUCGAUCCGUGUGGCCCUCGAGAACCCGUUGAACUACGCCCGAAACUAUUUAGGGGAUAUACUUGACCCGAAUGUAAACCGGGUCAUCUACCUCGACACCGACGUCGUUUUAGUCGACGACAUCCAGAAGCUAUGGAACAUUACUCUACGAAGCAACCGAGUCAUCGGAGCUCCGGAGUAUUGUCACGCAAACUUCACAAACUAUUUCACCGACAACUUCUGGUCCGACCCGGUUCUGUCACGCACAUUCGGGUCGAAAAAGCCGUGUUACUUCAACACCGGCGUAAUGGUGAUGGAUAUGCGAAAAUGGCGAAAAGGAAACUAUCGCCGGAAAAUCGAGAACUGGAUGGAAAUCCAGAGGAAACGAAGGAUUUAUGAGCUGGGUUCGCUGCCGCCGUUUCUGUUAGUGUUCGCCGGAAACAUUGAGCCGAUUGAUCACCGGUGGAAUCAACAUGGGCUCGGAGGGGAUAAUGUGAAGGGCAGCUGCCGGUCAUUACAUUCAGGUCCGGUGAGUUUGUUACAUUGGAGUGGAAAAGGGAAGCCAUGGGUGAGGCACGAUGAGAAGAGACCGUGUCCGUUGGAUCAUUUGUGGAAGCCGUACGAUUUGUACGAGCAUAAUGAUGAGCAUCAUCAAUCUCAAUCGUUGGAUUUUUCAAUUAGUAGUAGUUUUCUUGGAUACUCGAAUUAUUUGAUUUGAUUUUAUUGUUAAAAAAAACAUUUUUUUAAAUUUUUUUUAGUGAACAUAGUGAUUCAGAUACUCUGAUAGCUGUGUAACAGAAAUAUAUAGAAAAUUGUUGGUUUUUAUUUUGA